AUGCCCCAGUGGGUAACCCUGCCCUGGCAGUCCGACAUGCAGCUGACGGGCAAGCUGGUCCUCUCCGCCGCCGCUCUGCUCCUCCUCACUCUGGCAUUCAGGUUUUAUAAGUCCCGUUCGCUUGCUGGGGCCAAAACCCCGCCGGUCGAGUCGCGAGGAGAGCAGAGGGGAGAUGCUGCUGGGGCUGGGGAUGAAAGCAAGUUGGGAAGCAAGCCAGGAAUCAAGCAGGAAAGGGAUCCAGGAAGUGAGUUGGGAAAUGAGCCAGGAAGCAAGUUGGGAAGUGAGCCAGGAAUCGAGCUUGGAAGUGAGCUGGGAAAUGAGCUGGGAAGUGAGCUUGGAAGCAAGCUCAGAAGUGAGCUGGAAUGUGAGCUUGGAAGUGAGCUAGGAAGUAAGCUGGUAAACAAGUCAGGGAGUAAGCUGGUAAAGAAGUCAGGAAGUAAGCUGAACACUUAUGACCCUGGGAAGGCAGCUGAAACCCUGAGCAGCCUGAGGGAGGAGGACACGUUUGCCCCAACCCCUGGGGUUGCUAAUGCCCAGGUAGCAGGUGAUGGAUGUGCCCAAAGCACAGAGCAGGAUUUGGCUGUUGGAGGCAUGAGCCAGCAGGCUGAGGGGCGUAGGGAAGUGCUUCAGACCCUCAGUGUCACCUCAGACCUGGGUCUAACGAUGACAGAGAGCAAUGUGGGGUCGUAUGCCUCCUACUCUUUCUCCUCGGUGGCAAAGAUCCAGGUGGAGGAGAACUACAUCACCAAGAAACAGAUGAAGGAUGGGGCUGCACAGACAGCCCCUGGCCUCAAAGGCAAGGUCUACGACUACUAUGUCCAGUCCAUCUCCCAGUCAGUGUUGGAGAAGAGGUCUCUCCCCUACACCCUUCUGGGAACAUCAUGGCAUCACAGCUCAGAGCAGCUCCGUGGAGACCUGCAGAGCUUUGCAACCGAGCAGCCAGACCCAGCUUUGGCAAUGCAGGAUCCCAUCACCUCUUCCAUCGUUUCACCACCUAAAGGGAGCUUGGAGAUCUCCCCUGAGCCACCGUCUCCUGGCCGUAAGGACAGUAUCCUCCAAAUUGCUGAUACCCCCCACCUCCAGCUGCCCAUAGAUGGUUUUGGGGUCACAGCACCAGCUUGCACACCACCUACAAGCCCUCAGCCAGGGCUGAUGGCUACUACUGACCUCUUCCAAAUACCACCACCCAUCCACCUGGACCUGGGGAACUGCUAUGAAGUCCUCUGCACAGCCAAGGUGCAGAAGGUCACCCACCUUCAGGAGGCUGCCUACAAGGUGAUGAGUGACAACUACCUGCAGGUGCUGAGGACACCCUCCAUCUACAACCGCCUCAACGCCGCUGAGAGGGAGCUCAUCCUGCAGGGGAGGAUGAAGGGGAAGAUGUACGUGGCCGUGGCAGACAUCAACGUGCAGGAGCCUGGCCUGCACAGCAGCCGCCUCUGCUACUACGACACAGGAGGGGACAGCUGGCAUCAACUCUGCCACGUGCCACCAGAGGUGGUCUCCCAGGGCUGUGCCAUGUGCAGCAUGUUCAACUACCUCUUUGUGGUGGCCGGUUGCGAGGGCACGGGCAGGACUCAGAGACCUUCCAACCGUGUCUUCUGCUAUGACCCUCUGACCAACAUCUGGAGGGAGAUCUGCCCCCUGAACCAAGCACGGCCUCACUGCAAGCUCGUGGCUCUGGAUGGCCACCUCUAUGCCAUUGGUGGCGAGUGCCUCUACACAGUGGAACGUUACGACCCCCGGCAGGACCGUUGGACUUUCACCUCACCCCUACCCCACAACACCUUCGCUGUGGCUCACACGGCCACCGUGUGUGAUGGGGAGAUCUACGUGACAGGGGGCACCUUGCACUACGUGCUGCUGCGUUACGCUGCCAGCUCAGACAGCUGGAGGGUCAGCCCUGCCAGCGGUGCCAAGGACAGGACGGUUGAGAUGGUGAGUGCCAACGGCUUCAUCUACCGCUUCGACCUGCACCGUGCCGUGGGCGUCAGCGUCUACCGCUGCGGUGCCAAGGCCAAGCUGUGGUAUGAGUGUGCUGCCUAUGCCAUGCCCAAACCAUCUGGUUUCCAGUGUGCCGUGGUGGGCAACUUGGUCCACUGCAUCAGCCGGCACUUCCACGUCCGCUUCUUGGCUGAUCAUAUCUCACCACGCUUCGGGACCAAGGAGCUGCAGCCUUUCCCAUCGCCUCGGGGCAGCCUCCUGCCGACUGUCCUGGUGCUGCCAGGGGGAGGGACAUCACAAACUCAGGUCUGA